CCGCCGCCGCGGAGGGGGAGACACUCGGGGGGAGCCAGUGACGUCGGGAGUUUUCCUGAAAGUCAAUAACGAGCCCGGUGGAGGCGGCGGGAGGAGCCGAGAGCGGGGCCCGGGCGGCUCCGGGGUGAGUGCGCCAGGGGGAGCCGCCGCCGCCGCCCUCCUGACCCCGCGCAUCGAUGCUGCGGCCGCGCUGCCCGCCCGGGCGCCUCCCUGCGUAGCGGGGCGCACAGCUCCAUGUAGCCGCCACCGCCGCCAGCGCCCUGGGGCCGGAGCUGCCUCCUCCCGCCCCCGCGGAGACACCGGCCGCCAGGGACCGUCGAGCCCGGCGGGGGGACAGGGGAGGAGGCAGCGGCGCCCUCCCUCCCCUUCUCCCCCCGGAGCCGCCGCCGCCCUCCGGCUCCGCAGCAGCGCCCGCGGCGCCGCCGCCUCUGCAGCUUCUGUGUGGGCCAGUUCUGAUUGUUCUGCACUGGAAUGUGAAAGGAGUGUACAUGAGAUAGGGAAGGAAGCUUAUUUUGACUUUUAAAGCUGACUCAUCAGUAGAAAUUGGGAAGAGCUGCAGAAGAGACAGCAAACAGACAAGCUGAUAUCUCAAAGAAAUACUCUUUUGAGUUGGAGGUUCAGAGUGGAGCCAUCAUGAGCGAUGUUACCAUUGUGAAGGAAGGUUGGGUUCAGAAGAGGGGAGAAUACAUAAAAAACUGGCGGCCAAGAUAUUUCCUGCUAAAGACAGAUGGCUCUUUCAUAGGCUAUAAGGAGAAGCCCCAGGAUGUGGAUCUGCCAUAUCCACUCAACAACUUUUCAGUGGCGAAAUGUCAGCUAAUGAAAACAGAACGACCAAAGCCAAACACAUUCAUUAUCAGAUGUCUUCAGUGGACCACUGUCAUAGAGAGGACGUUCCAUGUAGACACGCCAGAGGAACGGGAAGAAUGGACAGAAGCAAUCCAGGCUGUAGCAGACAGACUUCAGAGACAAGAAGAGGAGAGGAUGAACUGUAGUCCAACUUCACAGAUAGACAAUAUAGGAGAGGAAGAGAUGGAUGCUUCAACAACUCAUCAUAAAAGAAAGACAAUGAAUGAUUUUGACUAUUUAAAACUACUGGGGAAAGGCACGUUUGGUAAAGUUAUCCUGGUCCGAGAGAAGGCUAGUGGGAAAUACUAUGCUAUGAAGAUUUUGAAAAAAGAAGUUAUUAUUGCCAAGGAUGAAGUUGCUCAUACCCUUACAGAAAGCAGAGUAUUGAAAAACACCAGACACCCAUUUUUAACAUCCUUGAAAUAUUCCUUCCAGACAAAGGAUCGUUUGUGUUUUGUGAUGGAGUAUGUUAAUGGAGGAGAGCUGUUUUUCCAUUUGUCGAGAGAGCGGGUGUUCUCAGAGGACCGCACACGCUUCUAUGGUGCAGAAAUUGUCUCAGCCCUGGACUAUCUGCAUUCUGGGAAGAUUGUGUACCGUGAUCUCAAGUUAGAAAAUCUAAUGUUGGAUAAAGAUGGACACAUAAAAAUUACAGAUUUUGGACUUUGCAAAGAAGGAAUCACAGAUGCAGCAACUAUGAAAACGUUCUGUGGUACUCCAGAAUACCUGGCACCUGAGGUGUUGGAAGAUAAUGACUAUGGUCGUGCAGUGGACUGGUGGGGAUUGGGAGUUGUCAUGUAUGAAAUGAUGUGUGGAAGAUUACCGUUCUACAACCAGGAUCAUGAGAAACUAUUUGAACUGAUACUAAUGGAGGACAUAAAAUUCCCUCGAACUCUGUCCGCAGAUGCAAAAUCACUACUAUCAGGCCUACUGAUAAAGGACCCAAAUAAGCGACUUGGUGGAGGCCCAGAUGAUGCAAAAGAAAUCAUGCGUCAUAGUUUCUUUGCUGGAGUAAACUGGCAGGAUGUAUACGAUAAAAAGCUUGUACCUCCUUUUAAACCUCAAGUGACAUCUGAGACAGACACCAGGUAUUUUGAUGAGGAAUUUACAGCUCAGACUAUUACAAUAACGCCGCCUGAAAAAUAUGACGAGGAUGGUAUGGACUGCAUGGACAAUGAGAGGCGGCCGCAUUUCCCCCAGUUUUCCUACUCUGCAAGUGGACGAGAAUAACUUUUUUUGUUCUGCUGCUUCACUGUCAUCUUAGGUUUCUCACUGAAAAUGAUUCCUGAACAUCACCACCAGUACUAGAUACUAUUUAAAAUAGCAGGGGCACUUUCAGAGAUCAUUCCAAAUUGAACAAGUUUCUCUCUCAAACCCAUUUUGGUUCUGCAUGAAGUAUGAGAUUUUUCUCUAGUACGCUCCCCUGCUGUUGCUGCUGCCCACAGUCUCAGUAUAAUAGCAAUGUCAAGAGGUUACUAACAGUUCCUUUGAAGGUAGACGACUUGACUUCAGCAUUGUACACUCUGUGCACAAGUCGUCAUCUAUUUUUCCUCACCGUGGAGGCUAAACAAAAAAAUACCUGUGUUGAUCCAGCUUAUCUUCUUCCAGAAGAUGAAUCGAAAUUGUAGUUAGUCUAAAAAGACUAGUCUAUAACAUUUUCUUGCAUCUGUUUGUGCUGGUUAGAACAAAGAAACAUGGGGGUGGUGAUGUACAUAUGCAAGGUUUGUGUUAGGCAUAUCAUUACUUGAAGCAGGUCUCUGUCAUUAACAUCUGACUGGAAUUUGUUUGGGAAAUGUUUGAGAGAAGGACUUAAACUGUUGAUAUAUAUAAAUAUAUAUAUAUAUAUAAUUUUUUAAUUACUAUUGGAUACUACAGAAGAAGCAGAAAGGCUGGGCUCACCCAGCCUGCCACUUAGAACUUCCAGGUUCAUGUGCAAUCACGGAGAAUCGAACAUUAUACAUGCAAGAAAUGAAGGCAUAAAAGCAGCAGUUGAAGUUGUUUAAGGGGUCUUAUAAUUUGCACCAGACAACAUCUUUUCUCAUGCUUUUAUUUUUCUAUCAUGAUAUUCAUCACCUCUGAUGGCUCAAGAAUGUAGACAGGCAUAACGGUAUUGCUUUUCACAAAAAUGUGUGCACCAAGGUAAACAGAUGUUUGCCUGACUCGUUUGUAUUCAGUUUGUGAAUUAGCUUUCUCUCCAGGUGUUUAACUCUGAAUAUUCUCCCUUUUCUUUUUUCUUCUUUGGUUAUACUGCGGUAGUAUUUAUUUUUAGAGAUAAGGAUUGUAUGUGUGAUGUUUGCAAAUGCUGCUACAUCUUAGAUAGAACAGGCUUAUGGCAAUUAAUUUUGUAAUAUAUGGAAGGACUGUACAAGCUGAAGGGAACAAUGCACUUUUCUCCCAUGUGGAAAUUUUAACAAGGCUCUGAAAUUGUAUAUACUCCUUAGAAUUGGAUUUUUGUGAGUGAAAUACUGUCUUUUAAUUGUUUGGCAAUGGAGGUGAGGAAUUCCAGCUUCAUGUGCCAAAGGGUUAAAAAAAAACAGAGGAAAAAGCUAUGUCUUGUGCUCCAUUGAGGAUAAAUGUAAUGUAAGAGCCUGACAGCACAAAAGAAAAUUUCUGUUCUAUAUGAAGGAAUUGCAUUUGAACAAUGAGACCACAGUGAUUACAAGAAAAGCACUUUAUUUUAAUAAUUAAAAUAGUAAAUUUCUGGGAUCAGCCAUUAAGGUUUGCCCUCAACCAAAAGAGUUCCAAAACCCAACAUGUUACGUGUAACUGCGGUACCCAAGUGAACAUCACAAGAAAACCCUCCACUGACAGGGAGGGAAAAGUCUUUCCAUUUCCCAAGAGCUGGAUCUGACAGAACAUGUGCAUAAACCUUAGCUUUGAUCUUCAGCAAUGAUAAUCUUGAUAAUAACCCCUUUGGUGCUAGGAGCCGGGCCACCGUGUGGCAUGGCGGCGGUGAGUGCAUGGCUUGGCCGGCAGCGCCUGGGACCCGGCUCCAUGGGAUUAUCAUUGGCAGUACCUCUGCCGCUGGGCCUCGUGAGCUCCCACUGGGGCUGUGACGCCGCAGAGUGUUACUGGUUGCGUUGUGCGAGUGAGUAGAUGAGCCUGAAAGGAGAGAUGUUGCUACGCAGAUGCCUUAGCCUCUUGCUGUGGACAGGCGAGUGCCCUGGCAUGAAGCCUGCUGCUGGCAGUGCACGUGCUGGGACGGUCACGGGGUGGAUGGGCAUUUUAGCAAGGCAGCUACAGAUGCAGACUACUUUAGACAAUUUUUCAUGUUUUGUGUUCUAUCUUUAGUAACAGGUGGAUAAUCAGUCAGAAAUAUAUCAGGAUGCAUAUUCUGACUACGUAGGAUCUUGUUCUGUCACCUUGUAACACUAAACACGUGUAGAGAUCAUCUCUCUACAGAGAGGAGCAUGGCAAAUGCAUUGCAGGUCUGUUCUGCACCAGUAGUGCAGAGGUGUCUGCACUGGCAGCUAGUGAGUGACUGAAAUAGCUGAGUACUUAAUAGACUGGGCAUUAAUUAUUCUCUGCAAAGGCCUUGUACUUACAGACUAAAACUAUGGUGAUUCAAAAUCUGUGUUGCAUAUGCCUGUGGUUUUUUUCCCCCCUAUGUUUUCAGCUUGUGAUAGCAAUAAGUUCCUUGCCCCUGGGCACCUAUAGGUGGUGAGCAGCAGGGGCUGUGCCUCCGGGCGGCCAUUUCUUGGGCACAGACAGGCCCCGGGGGCCGCUCGCCAUCACGUAGCUCCUUAGAAUGCGCUCUGCAGAAAAUAUCUGUCAGUGAACUAGUUGGAAACCUUUGCAGACUCCACUUUGUGUUGUGCUGCCUGCCUUCCAUCAUUCAUAAAGUCUAUGCUACAGAGAGAGUCGGUGGCUGCUUUGUGCUGCCUGGGGUCAGGGGAUUCUCUCUCUGAGCAGUGUUCGAAAUGGAUGAAAGACAAAUGGGCAAGUGGUGCUGAGAGAAACUUUUUAAGCUCUUCUUUUGCUAUUUGUAGUUGUGGUUGGAUCUGGAUGAGGUGGUGGCUGGUCACCUUGUUUAGCUUUUUGAGCACAGUACAUUUCAGGCUUUGACUCCAGCUUGUACUGACUUCCAUGACAUAUAGUAUGCCCUCUUGUACUGCAGCCAUCUCCGAGGAAGUAGGUCAUUUCUGUUUUGAGUUUUGGCAGUUUUGCACACAGCUUUGCUUUCCACACUAAUCCAUCUUACAGCACAUUCCUGUUGCUUAAAGAACAUUUAUUCCAGUAUUGGUUUAUGUUUUUCUUUUCCAUCUUUACUUGCGGCUUCUUAAAGCUGACUGUUCUUGCAGGGGCCAUGUGCUUCUCCUAGAGUACAAAAGUAAGGUCUUUCCUUACUAACUGCAGGGUCUAUAUAUUACACCUCAAUGUACACACUUUGCUGCUACUGUUUGUACUGUCUACAGUAGAAUUUCCUUAUCUUGCUCCUGGUAGUGCAUUACAGGCAAGCAUGAAAUGUAAAGUAUUUAUUUAAAGAAAAACCUCUGAAUUGGUAAUUGAAUUACCUCCCUGUAGCUUUAGAGUUUCUGACAUUUCCUGACCUUGCUAGUUCUUUCAUUAGAUCCAUGCAAGAUCUAGUCAUAUGGUUAAGGAUAUUAAGCAGACACGACUAUGAACCCAAGAAACCGUAUUACUGUUGGUCAUACUUAAACUGUUUAUUUCCUUAAGUAUAUGACCCACAAGGAUGUGAAAUAACUACAAGAAACUGUUUUUGUACACUGUACAUCCUUAGUAUUUUUACACAUAUAUGAUAGGGAUGCACAUUAUUUUCCUUCGUACAGACAGCUUAAAUAAAGCACUAUGUCAAUCUGCUA